GCAACAUGGCGGACCGCCUCACGCAGCUCCAAGACGCAGUGAACUCGCUUGCAGAUCAGUUUUGUAAUGCCAUUGGAGUGUUGCAACAGUGUGGUCCACCUACUUCAUUUAAUAACAUUCAAUCAGCAAUUAACAAGGACCAGCCAGCUAACCCCACAGAAGAAUAUGCUCAGCUUUUUGCUGCACUGAUUGCCCGGACAGCAAAAGAUAUUGAUGUUUUGAUAGAUUCUUUACCCAGUGAAGAAUCGACAGCCGCAUUACAGGCUGAGAUGUGA